AUGGCAUGGGAGAGCAACCAGACUUCAGGGAGUGACUUCAUCCUCCUGGAUCUAUUUCAUGAUACCCCAGUUCCCUGGGUUUUCCUGACACUCACUGUUUUAGACUUUCUGGUUGCCCUGCUUGGCAACUCCACAAUCCUUCUCCUCAUUUGGGUCGACCCUCUUCUUCACAACCCCAUGUACUUUCUGCUCAGCCAGCUCUCUCUCAUGGAUAUCUUGUAUAUCUCCACAUCCGUUCCCAAAGUGGUCCUGGUCUUUCUCUCUGGGGACCACCAUAUCUCCUUCACUGGGUGUAGUUAUCAGAUGUUACUUUUCACUAUCCUGUUUGGUUCCGAACUUCUCUUGUUGCCUGUGAUGGCCUAUGACCGAUAUGUGGCCAUCUGCCACCCACUGCGCUACCCCAUCCUCAUGCGCCCUAGAGUUUGUGUAUUACUUGUCCUUGUGACCUGGUUAGGGGCACUGUUCAAUGCCUUAAUCCAUGUUGCCUACACCCUGACUCUCCCUUACUGUGGUUCCAGGGAAAUCCAUCAUUUCUUUUGUGAAAUCCCAGCUCUCCUGAAAGUGGUCUGUGUGGACACCUCCCAGUAUGAGAAGGGCCUUUUUGUCAGUGGGGUGAUUUUCCUAUUGCUUCCUUUCUCAGCCAUUAUGGGUUCCUAUGGAACUAUAUUGUCCACUGUACUGGGUAUGGGUUCAAAGCAGGGACUGAAGAAAGCCUUGGCUACUUGCUCUUCUCACGUGAUUGUUGUGUCCCUGUUCUAUGGUCCUGCCAUCUUCAAAUACAUUGUGCCAAAGUCCUACCACACCCCCGAGCAGGAGGAAUUGGUCUCUGUCUUUUACAAUAUUAUAACACCCAUGCUCAACCCUCUCAUCUAUAGCCUGAGAAACAAGGAUGUCUCUAGAGCCCUUAGGAAACUUCUUGGAAAAUGA